AUGCAAGGUGCAAUAGAAAGAGGAAUGCCCACGAAACGCUCCUUCGCAGACUUUCAAAACUCCUGCGAAAUCCGCUUCCAGCAAGCACCUUCCCUACCGCUGUCGCCAUCGUCGUUCCAGUACGCGACACCCCCCGCCUCUGCUUCAACGCACGACGUCCCACCAUCUCCCAGGUAUAUACAAGACCUUGCGACGCCCUGGCAUGAAAGUCGAGCAGCGGAUACAGAUUUUGCUUUUGUACGCCGCCGCGCAUCAUUACCAACCCUUAACCAACUUCGAACACUUUGUCCUACGUUGUUGACAUCCAAAAACCUUCAAGCAAUGGAUCCUACACAUCUGCCAAUGACCCCAGACAGGACCACGUGA